AUGCAUCAACAUCCUCGUCCUUCACCUAGGACGGCCUCACCAGCCUCGUCACCACACACAAAUCCAACUCGAACAAACAACCCUAGAGAAGACGGUCGAUCUGCCCAUUCGAGAACACUAUCAGAUAUGCCACAUUAUCAAGAAGCAGACGAUGCAGGUGGAGAUGGUGGAUCCAUGGUUGCUACUGGCCCAAGUCGAGAAGCGGUCAAGAGAAUGGAUCAAAUCAUAUCAAAUUUCCACACGAAAGCUGCAAUUAUCUUACUGGGAUCGCGAGUAGGACUUCCUGUAGUCCUCAACAGAGAUGGAACCGUGAAAGUGAGCAAAUGGUUUCAAAUCGAAACCGAUGAUACCGAUGCAUAUCGAGAUGAGCUCAACACAUGGCGAACGUGCGGUGGCUUUCAGAAUCGACCACCACCACUUAUAAUAGAAACAUACAUCGAUACUUCCCACUUGACGAAAAGUCAGAGAUUGGUUAUCGUAGAUGAUUUGGGAAAGCGAUGGGAUGCUUUGGAUGCUCUAAGUGAUUCUAGUAGUUCCCAUGAUGAACAUAGCGAAGUCAUACUAGAACGUUGGAGAAUUGAGCUCGGAGAUAUACCCGGAGAGCAGCCCAAUAAUUUUGCUCCUACUUUACCCCUUCUCUACAAACAGUGUGUUGUUUUCUUUCGCGCAUUGUAUUCAGCAUCCAAAUUAUUGCCGGCCCAGAAAUUCAAAAAGAACAUAGGAAAGAGUGGAGCGCCAACAAAUUCAUUGAUUGUUAAUUGUCGUAUCACAACCGGUAAUACUCAACCACGUCGAAUCGAUGGCCUUAAGCAACCUAUAUUCGACCACAGUGGUCCAGUCACCUCGACGCAUAACCUGGGAACCACUGAAACUCCUGCCGGUCCAAUUUUCGCCGAAGUAACAUAUCGAAAUGAUUGUAACUUUCGUGUUGAUGAUUCUGAAUCUCUUCUCAGCUCUCGAUUCAUGGGUGCAGACGAACACUUCUUCACUCCUUCAUUGGCAGCAAGAGGUGAUUUAAGUCGUCGAAGGUCAACAAAGCAGCCGGAAAUUGGCUCCCUUCCAGCACACAAACAACUUACCGAUGAUUCUGGUCCAGUUCAAACAUAUGGAAGUUUAUCAACAUUCCACGGAAACGCUCCCCCAGGAGGCUCGAGCCCAAUAUCCGCCUUGAGAGCUCAGAGGCCCAUAGGAUCAGAUACGAGCUCCCCGCCCAUGGGAUCUUUACCACAAUCACGCCCAUUACUCGGAUCGAAAGGUUCGAUAAAGUCAUUGGAAGGUAUCGCGAUGGCGAGAAGACCAUCAUUAUCGUUUCAGCCAUUCAAAGCUGGCUCCCUGUCUUCAUCUCCCAGCCGUGCUACUUAUGCCGGUGAAACCUUACCUGCAUCUCCAGGGUCCUUGCCAAGGCCAUCUGGAAUUAGUGCACUUGCACAAGCCAGAAAUCGUUCAUCUCUCAUAGCUGGAAUGCCAGCUACGUUGAGAGGGGGCCCAAUGGCCGCAGAUAAUAUGGUUCCCACAUCUGUCUCAAGCUCACCGAAACCUGCUCCGAUUCGAUACAGCAGUAGUUUUAGUCAUCGUCGUGGCAGAUCAUCUUAUGGAGGAGCUAGUAAAACAGUAGAAGAUGAUCAGGGUAGCAGCGGUAAACAAAGUCUCUCAUCUUCUGUGCAACCAGGUUCUGGUAUUCUUGCAGAAGCUGGAACAGGUGGUAGUUCGGGAUCUUUACAAACUGAUGAUGACAAUAUAUCGGAUUUUCUGAAACUCUUGGAAAGUAAGAAAACCUUGCAGAGUUUCGAACCUUCUGGAGAAGCAUCAAGAAAGAGAGCCACUGCACAAUUAUCCAGAUUUCAAUCAAUGCGCGAUUCACAUAAUGCUUUGACAGAUUCUCUGGCUUCAUCAACAAUGCUACAAAGAUCAUCAAGUUCUUCGAGUCGACAAUUAUCUAGUGUACCUCCUAUGGUUGCUGCUACCUCAAUUUCAGCAGGAUCAUCCCCCGGUAAACCCAUCUCCCCACACACUCCUCACACUCCCGCCAUCCCUUCACGAUUAAGUGCAAAUUCAAUAGCUGAGUACGAUCAACCACGAAGACCAAGUCGACGAAGUAGGACUUCAGAAGCAAGAUUAGAUGAUGUGGAAGAUAGUGAUCAUCCAAAUGAUGCUGGAACAAAUGCUAUCGAUAUCCCCACCUCACCUAGACCGUACUACCCCCACGCUCGAAGAUCAAGUUCUGUUGCUCAGCAACAUAGAUCAUUGGCAAUCGAUGAUGAAUUGGGUGAUCUUCCAUUUGGGGUGCAUAGAAGUAUAAGCUUAGGAGCCGAUGAUCGGGAGCCACCAAGUCUGAGUGCACUCUUGAACAUUGGACAAGCCUCUGAGGAGGUAGAAUCACCAACUGGACAAUCUUCAUCCCAACUCCAACCUGCUCCUCGAAUCUCUGAAGGUACUACUGCCAUGUCUCGUCAAGCCUCAUCAUCUUUGGAAGCUCAUGAUCCAGAUGUUCCUCAAGUUUCUCGAUUCAGUGGUCCAGGUUCUGCAAACUCACCAUAUCGACCACGUAUUGGGAAAACUGGUGGCCGUGGAGUCACCCCACCACAAACCGGUUCUUUCUCUAGCCUCCUAGUAGACAGAGGAAGUGGAAGUGGUAGUGAACGAGCUAGUGGCGGCAGGUACAGUUUUAGCAGGGGACAAUAUGAACCAGAUGAUGAGCCAUUACUCUUCGACAUGAGUGAGAUUGGACGAGAUCGAAGAAGCAUUGAUGAAGCUAGAGGAUACGAAGCAAGUAGAGGAGGAGAGUCUGGCGCAAGUAGUCGAAGAGGUAGUCGAUGGGGUAGGUAA